AUGAAGCCUAUUUUAGUUAAUGAUCAGUUCCGAAUCGAUGAAAAGAUAGGUAAAGGCGGCUUCGGCCUCGUGUACUUGGGCACCGAGCUCAAGACAGGUCGCCAAGUAGCUCUCAAGCUGAUGAGCGCCCGUGAGGACACGCGCAUGAUCAAAGACGAAGCCGGAAUUUACGCCGCGCUCGCCGGAGGCGUCGGCAUCCCCGAGGUGUUUUGGUUCGGCGAGGAGACGGACUUUUUCGUGCUGGCUCACGAGCUUCUCGGACCGACGCUCGAGGACCUGCUCAACUACUGCGGGCGGCGCUUUUCGCUCAAGACGCUGCUGCUGCUCGCGGACCAGGCCAUUGCGCGGCUGGCGUACAUCCACCGCAAGGGGUACCUGCACCGCGACAUCAAGCCCGACAACUUUCUGAUGGGCGCCGGCGUCAAGGGCAACAUUCUGUACACUAUUGACUUUGGUCUGUCCCGGGAGCGUUACGAGCGCGACAGGUUUCGUUCGCUCGAGGGCCGCUCGUUUGGUGGCACGGCCCGAUAUGCGAGCAUCAACAACCACAACGGACUAGAACAGUCUUGGUGCGAUGAUCUUGAAUCGCUUGGCUAUGUGCUGAUUUAUUGCGCCAACGGCUGGCUGCCCUGGCAGGGCUUCAAGACCGACAGCGACAAGCAAAAGAAUGAAAAGAUUAAAGAAAAGAAGAUGGCCAUAUCGGCUGCGGAGCUGUGCGAGGGACUUCCUUCAGAGUUUGCCCAGUACAUUGACCUCGUUCGCGGGCUUGAAUACGACGAUAAGCCGGAUUACGGCCAUCUUCGCGGGCUCUUUGCCGGGUUGUUCAAGGAGCGCGGCUUCAAGCACGAUAAUGUAUAUGACUGGACCGAGAAACUGUUUUACGAACAUCAUGGUAGCAAGACUCAAGACGACACAUGA